UUUGCAUUUUUUGUCUACCCCUCCCUUUCCAACAUAAAACAGACGAUCUCGCGCAGUCCCUAUUCAGUAAUUGUCGAGUCACGGUUCGUUGCAGAUCACAUUACCGGCUAGGAAAGCGUGCCUUCUUUUGAAAAUGUCUGCUGAACAAGUAGCUGAUAUUGGUUUGAUUGGUUUGGCUGUCAUGGGUCAAAACUUGAUUCUCAACAUGGCUGAUCACGGAUUCGUCGUUUGUGCCUUUAACCGUACAACGUCGAAAGUGGAUGACUUUCUUCACAACGAGGCCAAAGGAAAGAGUGUUGUAGGGGCACACUCCGUUCGUGAAUUAGUCGCUAAAUUGAAGAAACCUCGUCGUGUCAUGAUGCUCGUGCAAGCUGGCAAAGCUGUCGACCAGUUCAUUGACCAACUGGUAGAAUUCCUUGAAGCUGGUGAUAUCAUAAUUGAUGGAGGCAAUUCGGAGCACGGUGAUACAACACGUCGGUGCACCACCCUUAGAGAGAAAGGCAUCCUUUACGUCGGUUCCGGAGUGUCUGGUGGUGAAGAAGGUGCACGAUACGGACCUUCCUUGAUGCCUGGUGGCCAUAUCGAAGCUUGGCCACAUAUCAAACCCAUAUUUCAGUCGAUCUCUGCCAAAAGUGAUGGAGAGCCUUGCUGCGAUUGGGUAGGAGAAGGUGGAGCAGGUCAUUUCGUGAAAAUGGUUCACAACGGCAUUGAAUAUGGCGAUAUGCAAUUGAUUGCCGAAGCUUACCACCUGAUGAAAAGCGUUUUGGGCAUGACUCCACCUGAAAUGGCUGACGUUUUUGAUGAAUGGAAUAAGGGAGAGUUGGAUUCCUUUCUUAUUGAAAUCACUGCCAAUAUUUUGCGUUUCCAGGACGACAAAGGUGAUUAUUUGGUCGAGAAAAUUCGUGAUUCUGCUGGACAAAAGGGAACUGGAAAAUGGACUGCCAUUGCUGCUCUAGACUACGGUGUCCCAGUUACCCUGAUCGGCGAAGCAGUUUUUGCUAGGUGCUUAUCUUCUCUGCAAGCAGAACGCAUCGAAGCCUCUAAAGUGUUGCCUGCACCUGCCUUUAAAGCUUACUCUGGUGAAAGGGCUUCAUUCAUUGAAGCUAUCCGUAAAGUAAGCACUAACUUUUAUUUCUGUUUCUUUUUUAUUUUUACUGUCUGUAAUAAAUUAUUCCAUUUUGUUUCUUUUCAGGCAUUGUAUGCCUCAAAGAUUGUCUCUUAUGCUCAAGGUUUUAUGUUGCUACGAGAGGCGGCCAAGCAGUAUGACUGGACACUUAACUACGGUGGAAUUGCGCUCAUGUGGCGUGGCGGUUGCAUCAUCCGAAGUGUGUUUUUAGGAAACAUCAAAUUGGCCUUCGAGCGUAACCCAGAUCUCAAGAGCCUGUUAAUGGACGACUUUUUCCGACAGGCUGUGGGCACUUGUCAAGAGUCGUGGCGUGAUGUGAUUGCAACGGCCGCCCAAUAUGGUGUCCCUGUUCCGGCCUUCUCAACGGCCCUCUCUUUCUACGAUGCCUAUCGUUGCCAACGCCUCCCAGCCAAUCUAAUUCAGGCUCAGCGCGAUUACUUUGGCGCACACACCUAUGAACUGUUGGAUCAGCCAGGUGUGUUUCACCACGCAAACUGGACCGGUCACGGAGGAAGGACUUCUGCUUCUACAUACCAAGCCUAAACUAUCAAAGAACCAAAAAUUUAUGCAAACGAAAAAUUUUAUACGCAGUUAAAACUGGAUUGAAAUCUGCGCGGUUAUGUGAGUGCUGUGGAGCAACUCGGUAAGGUUACUGGAACGUGAUCUAUAUAAUAUUCCAAUUUUUUUUCAAUCAUUAAAAUUCCUUCUCUUAUACGUUCCUGUUGAUUUCCAAUCGAGAUAUUUGGCUAAUACAUUAUACAACAUUGGUCAUGAA